AUGAUGAACGCUGCUGGAGCGGUGGCCCGCAGGAUGCCGUCGGCGGCCCGGCGGAGCGGGUGCUGGAUCGCGUGGUGCCAGGCGAUGCUGCUCGGCGCCUCGGCUCUGGUCAUCGUGGCCGAACGGAGCGCUCUGAUCUACUGUAUAGGGUUUUACCUUUGGAAUGAGGAGACGCAGUGGGCGGGCCUCACGCUCGGCCUCUUUCUACCGGGGACGGCAGUUCAGCUGUUAAGUGUGAAAUGGUACUACGACGACGGCGACGACAGGCGAUGCUACCUCUCUGUCAUACACAUACUACACCUGGGCAUCUUCAAAAGGUUGUGGGAUUGCAUGAGGUGUGUGUUGCGUAUGCAGGGCUCGGUGGCAGAGCUCGGAGCUGCCGUCAUGCAGCAGGCGGACGUUGCUGCCCUUUGGCUCCUGGAGGCGCUCAUCCUCACUCUGCCUCAGAGUCUGCUGCAGGCGUACGUCGUGGUGUCUACCGAUGUGGGCAUCAUGUCACCAGUGGCCUACUGCUGUGGUUUAUGUGUGCUGUCUAUUUCCUGGGCCCUGGUGCUGUACAGCCGGGCCUGCUGUCUGAUACGUCCGGGCCACCUGGCCAUGCCGCCGGCCGCCCUGCUGUGCCAGCUGGUGUGGAGGGCGGGGAUGCUGGGCGCCAGGGUGACCUGCCUCAUGUUCUUUGCCAGGGUCUUUAACUGGUGGGUCUGUGGAGUGGCAGGUUUUCACUGGCUCACGGCCUCCUUCUGGCUGGUAUCACAGCAACCUGACAUCUGCACUGGUCCCUGGUGUUGGCGUGCCUUUAACGGCAUCAUGGGGCUUGUCCAUGUCUUCCUCUUCCUGAAUGUCAAAGAUGGACCCUCGCGCUUCCGCAUGGCCAGUUUUUAUGCAUUCAUGCUUGUGGAGAACGCCACUCUGCUGCUGGCCGCCUCCGACUUCCUGAGCGAAGCAUCAUGGGACAGUAUGACCCUUCCCGCCACUGUGCUGUGUAGCUUUCUCCUCGGUGCUACCUCUCUUGUCCUGUACUACCGCUUCCUCCAUCCCAAGUCCACAGAGAUCUGCCAGGGAACACACCACAACCACAUGGGCAGCACUUGCAUAGAACAAGGAGAAUCCUCCUUCUCUCUCGGGGACAAAAGUCUGCCAGCUCCUUCCUUUCCAAACCACGGCAGCUUCUCCCUCUCAGGCGUGGCCGGCUCUCUGCUGGAGCACCCAGGAAACUGUGGCGGCCGACCGAACAGCUCCUGUCCCUGCUACCACCACCACUGGCUCCUGAUCCGUCUGGCCCUCAAAACAGGAGACCUGAGUAAAAUCAACAGGGCGUAUGGGGCCGGGGGCGCAGCGGCCAUACUGGACAUGGAGGAGUACAACCAAGAGUAUAAAAGCAACGAAGGAAUGACGAUCACGGCUGGAGGCAGCUGUGAGGGCAUCUCUACCUCCGAGUCCCAGGGGAAGGGCCUGGCACCCCUCUCAGACUGCAAAGACGAGUUCCAGAGUGUGAGCGAACCCACGUCGACUGAGCACCCCGAAGAAGACAGCAGUCUGGAGAUGGAGAGCCCGAUGGAGUCGCCCACGUCGGACUUUAAACGCAGCUCGCCGGAGGGUAAAUCUGUGUUCGGAGACAGUCCGGAGCCAUAUUUCUGCCCCACAGAAUCAAGUUCGACCUUAUACUUCAGCGCCGAUCCCCAGUCUCCCAGCAGCGCAAGUAACCCCCGUUUGGACCGGGACAUUGGGGGUCUGGAACAGGGGGUUCGCCUCAACUCCAUCCCCAGCGACCCGGCCCUCCACAGAGACGUCCGCGGACUCAUAGGACGAGUCGGCCCACGCUGCACUUCCACUCCCAAACUGGACUCUGGAGUGUCGGACUCUCCCGCCAGCGUCCCUCAUCUGACGGGUCCGAGGAGGCAGCUCAUAAUGUCCCGAAGGGACGACGACGACAGCUUCUAGCUUUCUCGUGACAGAAUCAGGGAACAACUAACAGCUUAUCCAACGUUAAAGGGGUUCACCAGCUUUCUGAGAGGCUGCUUCUUCAUCUGCUCAGUGCUGUAGGAUGAGGAAAGCCGGCAGUCACUUCACCUCUUUACGUCUGUAUAUUCAGCACACUGUGGGCCACGGUGUGUGCAGCAGUUUUGUAAUAUCCUAAGGUAACCUGUGCUCUUCUCAAACCAUAAUCUAUUUGAUUAAAAGCACUGCUUUGCCCAAAUGCUGGAUACACAGAGGCGAAGUGUUGCCACUGGACAUGAAGACGAUAAUAACGGAGCCGAUGGGUCACAGGGCUGGUACAUGGAGCUCAGACACGCCUUCUUCCACACGUUCAAUUAACAUUUUUUCCACUCGUAGGCCUCGAGAUUUAUGUAGUGCAACAAAAUGAACACUAGUUCUGCCAGAUUGUAAUUACACAUAACGAUCAUUAGGAACAUGCAGCUGCUUCGUGAUCUCAGACAGCUGACAGUCUUUCUGACACAUACUCAAACUGCUGUUAUUCCACGUUGCUACUCGCCAGCAGCUACGACAAUAGAGGAACUAUCAGUAGAUCGAACAGGGGCUGGAGUGUCUGACCUCUGAAUCGUAACCAUCUCAGAGUAAGCCGGAGCUUUUUGGCUUAUUAAAAGCACAAAUAUCUUCUGUACCAUAUAUCUAUUGCUGUGAUGCUGUGAUUUUUUUUUGUUAUUCCCAUUAAAACAAAAAACAAAAUAAAUAGCAAACCCCUGAUCCCCCUUGGAGGAUACUAAACUGUAUUUUUGUAUCAUGUUAACUGCUGGCGCUGCUUCGAGCAGGGUUAGCGCGUCAACCUGGGAAAAAACUGUGUGACAUUUGAUGUGUUAACUUAAUUUACAUGUUGACCAUGUAAUUGCUGAAAUGUUUUACAUAAUGUUGAGGGAGGGAAAAAAAAACAAAGUCUCAGGCACUGACUUCUGUUGUGCAACACAUUGCUUAUGAGAUAUUUGUGGUGACUUUUUUUAAUGUGUUCUUGGUUGCUAUUGCUGGGGAAGGGGAGGGUCGUUACUGUUCUGUAACUGGGUUGAAAUCCAUUAACAAAGUAGUGAAUUGAUGCUGGGUUUUUUUUCUCUUGCACCCAGGUGACUGCCUGUAUGACAUUUUGAACUGUGAAGUUCAUGGCCACUGGUGGCUUUCAAUAAGCAAUAAACAGCCUACGUGUUGGGAUGAGUGGAGUAAA